AUGGGCGGCGGCGACCUCAACAUGAAGAAGUCCUGGCACACGGGGACGUUCGCCAACCAGGAACGUGUGUGGAAGAAGGAGAAGGAGGCCCUCGAGGAGCGCAAGAAGCUCCAGCAGCUGCAGAAGGAGCUCGAGCAGGAGCGCGCCGUCCAGGAGCUCCAGCGCAUGCAGGAGCAGGCCGGCGGCAAGAAGCGCGAGGAGCGCGUCGACUGGAUGUACGCCGCACCGGCCGAGGGCAACGGGCCCAACCCGGACGAGCUCGAGGCGUACCUCCUCGGCAAGAAGCGCGUCGACAAGCUCCUCAAGGGCAACGAGGAGAAGCUCCUCGCCGCUCCCGACGCCGAGACGCCCGGCGGGUCGUUCCAGUCGGUCCAGAACGCCAACACGGCGCGCGACACGGCGGCCAAGAUCCGCGAGGACCCGCUCCUCGCCAUCAAGCGCCAGGAGCAGGCUCAGUACGAGAAGAUGAUGAAGGACCCGCGCAAGCGCCGCGAGCUCCUCGCUGCGCGCGAGGCGGCGACGGGCGGCGGCGGCGGGAGCAGCAGCGGCAAGGGCGAGAGCAAGGAGGAGCGGCGCGCGCGUAGGGAGGCGCGUAGGGCCGAGCGCGACGCUCGUCACGGGCACGGGCACGGCUCGAGGAGGGACGACCGCGAGCGCUCGAGGUCGCCGGCGCGGCACCGCUCCCACCGCGAGCGCGAGCGGUCGCGCUCUCGCUCGCCGCGCCGCGACAGCGGCCGGGACCGGGACCACCGCGCGUCGCGCGAGUACAGCGACGACCGCCGGCGGCACGACGACGCCCCGCAGCACCGCGACGGCCCAUCCUCGUCCUCCUCGCACCGCCACGACCGCCCUCGUUCCCCUCCUCCUCCGCCCCUCGAGCGCGCCUACUCGCCGCCCGGGCGCGACGACCGCCGUCGCUCACCUCGACCCGCGCCUCGCGACGCUCGCGGCCCGUACCCAGACGACCGGCACGACUCGCGCCCUCCCCCUCCUCGCGACAACUAUCGCUCGGCGCCGUACCCUCCUCGGCGCCCGAACCCUCCUCCCUCUGCCGCCGCACCCGCACCCUCAGCAGCAGACGACGCCGCUCGUCAGGCCGCUCUCGCUGCCAAGCUCGCCGCCAUGCAGUCGUCGGCGUCGUCCCUCGCCGCCGAGCGCGCCGAGCGCCUCAAGGAGCAGGACGCGCAGGACGCCGCCGCGCUCGAGCGCGAGAAGCGUGACCGCGAGCGCAAGGGUGCGGCGGGCCCGACGUUCUUGAGCAAGGCGCAGAGCUCGGUGUACGGCGGUGGCGAGGGAGGCCUGAGCGAGCGGAUGAAGAGGGGGAGGGUUGGGCUGGUCGGCGACAGGGACGACUGAGUCGGCCGCGGCUCGUCGCUGUACACGGUACGAUGCAGUGCAGGGACUUUUAGUGUGCGCG